GUGGGGGGAGUGAGUUGCGAGGAAAGUGGGUACGGGCUCCUAUGUAAGUCUUAAGAAGAACGAGUCGAGCCACUCAGAUCUAACUGGAAGAACCAAAGCACCCAACUGGUAACAAAAACGACACACUGACUCAGUUCACAUUUCACAAACCACUCUCUCUUCUGCUUGCGGCUGCUCCAACUGCUUCUUCUGUUCUCCAACUCUCUGCUCUCUCUCUCUCCUCUUUCUCAGCUGCUACCCUUUGUUUGGAUUAAUGGGUUCUGGAGGUUGUACCAAUGGACUGGAAGAAUGCAAACUGCAACCUCCGAAAACUGUGGAAAAAUCGGAUAAAGCUAGUGUUUUGGGGCUUCAUAAGGACGCUGCAGAGCCACCGGUUGAAUUGGUUGCUAAUGGGGUGGCUUCUCUAGAGCCUGUUACUCCUAAUGCAGUCCGAGAGAACGGUGACUUACCUGUUGGUUUGAAAUCUCCGCCCUCUGUUUGCAAGAAAUCAUCCAAUGUAACUUGCUUGAAUCCGAAUGCUAUCCGAAAUGGGGACGACCCAUUUGGUUGUUCUGAUGAUAGCAGCCCCAGGACACCGGUGGGUGAUGUCUUCGAUCCUUUUGCCCCUGCUCGGGAAGACCUGCUUAAGGCGCCACAGUGCAAAAAAUAUGUCAGCAAGUGCAGGGGCAUGGUUGCUCGUCAGCUUAACUUUGAUUCUCCCGUCCAAAUUUCAGAAGACGAGGUUUUGACUGAUGUGGAAUCCAUUUCGUAUGAAGAAAUGUUUGAAGCUGUGUAUAAAAACCUAUUGGAAGCUAUCGUGUCAGAGCAAACUGAGGGAGCUAUUGCUGACCACUCGAGGAAAGAUUGCGUUUCUGAUGACUGCGUAACACCUCGUCCAGAACCGUGUCAAACUGGAGCAGCUGAAACUUGUCCUGGGGCACCCCUGAGGCCAUCAGGGAAGUCAAGGAACAUCGAUAUGCGGUUAAUCAGAAAGCUCGAGUUCUAACUCCAAUUGACUCAUGCGGGUUACGUGGUGGUGAAUUUGCAAGAAUUCUGCAGCAUAUCUUAAAGACUUUUAAGGCGAGAUUAAAGACAAGGGUAAAGAUUGUGGUCAAAGCAAAGAGAGGGAAAACUUCAGACACGAUCUUAUUUGACAUGAAAAACGACAAGCGCAUGUCAUGCAUUGAUUCACAUUGCAUAAUCUGUGCAGAGUUCACGUAAGCAAGGAGGACUUUUGGGGUAGAGAGUGCAUUUUUGCAAAAAAAUCCACCUAAGCAAUUUAAUGCUAGUUUGGUAUUGUUAUGUUUUUUAAAAAAAAUUGUUUGUACUGUGAUGUAAAAAUAAUCAGUUGUAAAAUAAAGUAGUUAAGUGUUUGGUAAACUUUUAUUGUAAAAGUACUUUUAACAAAACAAACAAUGUUCAAGUGUUUGGUAAACUUUAUGGUAAACUUUAUGUAAAACUGCUGUAACUAUGUUAAAUGGUUAAAAGGGUAUAAUGUUAAAUGUGAUAUAAUAAUUUAUUUUAUUUAUUAUUUAUAAUUUUAUCUUCAAUCUUCAUCAUUUUCGGGUCACAGCUCAAGAUCCAAAUCCCUCCCCUCCAACCCUUUAUUCUCUCCCCUUCCCAAUCACCAAAAUCGAACGAGAUCCAAUUGUUAAAACCUAAAAUACCUGACGGGUGACAGUGAUUUCAAAAUGGGCCUCGUAUCCGAGAGGACUACAGGCGCAGUUAGAAUUGUCGAAGACUAUGGAGACGGUGGCCUUGGUGAUUCCGCCCUGGCCCUGCUCGUAAACAAGCUCCUGGAGGUUGGCGGCGCGAACUUGCUGCUAAUUGGUAAUUCCCAAGACAAAGCAGAUGGAGUCGAGGAUGUUGGACUUGCCCGAUCCGUUCAGACCCGUUAUGGCGUUGAAAAAUGCGUCGAACCCGAGCACCACCGUCCUCCUUGAUGUACAUAUUUGGGACGGAUUUCAGCACAAAGACGGAGAAUUCCCAUCUGGGUUCUUUUUCCUCCGUCUUGUCUGACUCGCCGGAGAAGAAAUUGAUGUUCGAAUCCGCGUGCUUCGGCCUCGAGAUGAUGAAUUCGACCUGGGUUUUCACGAGCUGUCUCUCUGUGUCAGUGAAUGGAGUUCUCUAAAUUCGACCGUGUCAAUGAAAUGGAACUCUCUGAAUUCGACCUUGGUGCUCUCUGAAUUCGACCCUGGUAAUCAACAGUCAUUCCUUCAUCCCGGAUAUCUUCAGCUUGCAUCAAGUGCCGAACUUGACUCGCUAAAGGACCUUGUCCUCUCAAACAAUCGGAUUCGAUGAUUUGAUACGAUGAGGGAAGCGAGAUGGAGAAAGAGGGUAUAAUUGGGUUUAAGAAAGUUUCAUUAAACUUUACUAUUCAUCUGCCUACUUUGAAAAAAAGUUGGUUUUGAGAAGCAGCAAAAUGCUGCUUCCAUUUUUCUGCUUAUUUUGGUUGGAACUUUGAAAAGAAGCACUUAUUUUUACAUUUACCAAAACAUUUUACACCCAACUUU